AGCCAAAGAAUCUCAGAGAGACUUAGUUAUUAUAAUCUAAUCCAACUAGUCACUUUUGCUGGACUACCCCGCUGCUGUCAAGGUGCCAGGGAGAGCGAGAGGGCUUUUCCGUCUGCACCUCCUCCCUCCUUCCCUCCUUGCUAGAGCCGAAGUGGACACAGCUCCAGUCGAGGAGAGGAGAAGAAUUCGGAAUCAGAAGGAAAUCUCUGGGGUCUGGGCCUAGCACACACACACACAGCAGCCCCAAAGUGUCAGCAUGGGGGCGUCCUAUGGCAAGAAACAGAAGACAUACAACAUUAAGCAGCAGAGUGUGAAAAACGGAAAGCACCUGAAUGGAGUGGCCUCAGCUUAUGCAGAUAUCCAAUGGGAACAGCCUCAUCAGCCGAGAAACCCGGACAGGGAUCUAUUCGGUUACCCUCAUCGUGAGAUCCCCCCACUGGCCAGUUAUGCUCCUCAGCCUGAUUACAUGACAGAGGAUGAUGAUCUCAUCAAGCCUAAAAAGCUGAUUAAUCCAGUGAAAGCCUCUAAAAGCCACCAGGAGCUUCAUCGGGAGCUGCUUAUGAACCAUAAACGAGGUACUGUUGUGGAGAACAAGCCAGAAUUGCAACGUGUGUUGGAGCAAAGGAAGAGAGAGCAGAUGAUAAAACAAAAAAAGCAGGAGGAGGAGGCCAGGAGGAAAAUCUCUCCAUUGGAACAGGAGCUUCUCAAGAGACAACAGAAACUAGAGGAGCUGGAGAAGGAGCAAGCAAGAUUAGAGGACAGCAACUGCAAUGCUCCGGAAUUCAUAAAAGUGAAGGAAAACCUGAGACGAACAUCGUUUACAAGUUCUGGAGAGAAUGAGGUGUAGGGGCGGAAACAAAGACUGGAUCCAUGUGUAUCUGUGCACAGCCUUUAACAUAGAGAGCUGCUGCAGCUCCUAAACACCACCCACACGACUCUGCUUCUCUACUUCCUGUCUCCUGUCCACACCAACAAAACACUCACCUCUCUCUGUAGGAGUUUCAGAGAGGUCAGAGAUAAGGACACGACCCAAAGGGCCUCUGCUACACCUUCCCAUUAUAAAAAGGUUGAUGCUUAAGAGGAUUCAGGAGACUGCCAAGAGAAAAAUUGUGUUUUUUCUGCUCUGGGUCAGACUUGAUGGGUUAAAGAUUAACUGUCCAGGAUGCUUAUGAGUUUGUUCGUAUGCAUGGAUGGACAGCUAUGUUCUGGUUCUGCCACAUUAGAUGAAAAGGUGAAAACAAGGUACAGAGGGGUUAGUUUCAGAGUGAAAAACAGGCUAUUUCUCUCUAAAUGACAGGCAGAACAUAUAUAACAAAAGGCGGCGAUUACACAAACAAUAUCAGUAUUAUAGGCAAAUUGUUUU